UUCAGUCACAUUCAUUCUCGUUGCGAGUUCCAAGUGACAACAAGUCAGCCAGUUCAGUCCCACCACAUCCAAAAUGAACAAAUUUCUCAUCCUAAUCGUUGCCACUCUGGCCCUUGCCUGCGCCCAAGCACGUCCAGACGCCUACGACGCGGCUGCCGAGACCCGGGAAUACAAGAGCGACCUGAAGGAGGACGGCAGCUACAACUACCAGUACCAGACCUCCAACGGCAUUGCCGGCCAGGAGUCGGGAGUUGGCGGAUACUAUGCCAGCGGCUCCUCCGCAUACUACGCCCCCGACGGCCAGCUGGUCCAGCUGACCUACACGGCCGAUGAGAACGGCUACCACCCCGUCGGUGCCCAUCUCCCCACGCCUCCCCCAAUCCCCGCUGCCAUCCUGAAGUCCCUCGAAUACAUUCGCACGCAUCCCCACCAGGAGCAGCGUCAGGGCCAGGGACGCUUCUAAGUGAAGUUCCAUCUCGAUUGGCGUGGAGAGUGCCAGCGAGGAAAUGUUGUAUGUACGUUAUUCGAGUUAGUUUUAGGACAUUUGAAAAUAAAUAUCGCUUGAGAUAGCAAACACUUCCAAAAACA